GGAGGGAGAGGGAAAGCCCCCAAACCUUUUUUACAAUCCCUAAACGACAUUGCAGUCUUCUGCUAGCGGUUUUGACGACAUGCAAUCUCUUUCCAUCCACUUUCUAGCAAAUACGUCAAGCUGGAAGAUUAAUUCAUUAAUUUCAAGUUCAGCUCACAGACGUGCAGUAAGCCUAAGAAGUUCUUGCAGCAAACCAAAAUAAAGAGUUCAUUACAGGGAUACGUCCAGAGCAUUUGAUUUGUGAACAGUAACCCUUGUAAAAUAAGAAAAAGGCAUAUAAACAUUAAUGCUAAUAAAUUAGUUUACUCCACUACAAAGUAAUUACUUGAUAAUAUUGAAUUUACAGCUUGAAUUCAAACGCAAUAGUUAACUAUAAUGUAGGGGAAAUACAUAAUGAGAAUAUUUUCUCUCUGCAUAACAUGAUUAGAUUUGUUAUUGAGUCAGUUACGAUAAGCUAAGCAAUAAAUAAACAAAUCGAUGUUGACAUUUAAAUACCGAGGAUCUCCAGAAUUUACUAGAGAACUUUCUCCGGAUAUAUAAAUACUUCCACCAGCACUGCAGAGGAAGAGGGGGGGAAAAUCCAAAUAUUAUUUCCCUAACAUUUUCGUUUCCCUUCUACUAGCCUCCCAAGUCCACGGGGGCAUGGAUCUUGAACUACGUCUGAUUUCCUAAGAGUACUGACUUCACAAUAGCCUUUUGCCAUUCUGUUUUUCUAUUUUGAUGAAAUCCAGCCGGAACUCAAAUAUUUCUUUUCUGAAAUCGAGCAUCAGAAUAGCAAAAAAAUACUUUUUCCGAGAGCUUAGGGAUGUCCGUGCCUCAAAAGGUGCUGUAUUCUUUGGCGUAUUUCUCUGUUUUCUUUGGCUCUGCUCAUUCGGUGGGGUGUGCAUUUUUAUUGGCAGAAAAGUACGUUUUAGUCUCUGCCCUGUACAAUCCGCUUUCUAUAUCAUCCCUUUCAUGCAACAAUAGUAAAAGUUUAACCAGGUUUUUAAAAUAGGUCUCCCUGGGUCUCAGCCUUCAGCGACGACACAAAGCUAAAAAGAAAGUAUCUCUGCACGGCGAGUUUGUUCCUACGGGUUAACAGUAUGUCAAAUAAUUUUAACUAGGCUUCUGGCAAUUAAACUCGGAGUAUUUGUCAAGCUGGGGUAGCCCAAUAUCCACUGGUUUUCCAAGCAUUUAGCUGCAGAGUUGAAGUGGAGAGAUCAGCGAACAGUCUUUAGCUCCGUGGUCUGCACUUUAAAGGGCUUGCUGGCUUUCUGGAGCUGCGAAUGAGGCGAGGGAUGAUUUGGAGGGGAUGAGGAGGGGAAACCUGCGUGCUGGGGUCCCGACAUUGUUAACUACCUCCAGUAAAGCUUGGCUGAAGCCGCGCGGGGUAUUUGAGGUUAAUAUGUAAGUAAGGGAAGGAAGACACUAAGCGCUUCGGAAGUGAACAUGAAUGCAAGCAUGUAAUCUAUUCACCAUGAAAAUCAGUAAAGACUUGACCCUGGCACAUUCUUCCUAGUAAGGUUUCCAGAAAAACCCUGAAGAGUGAGGGCUUUUUUUUUUUUCUUUUUAUAGAGGGGAGCAGGGAAAACCCAAACCGAACCCUCCAAAAAAAAAAAAAAAAAAAAAAAAAGAAAAUAAGGGGAAAAAAAGGAGGAAAAAAAAAAAAAAAAAAGACGUUUUCUUCGGGAGCGUUUAUCUCCUCGGAAGCAGCUUUCCACGAGAAAGCGUGCGUGCAUCUCUACGGUGCCCUCCUUCUCGGAGCCUGCCGGCGAGCCGCCGAGCGCCCCAGCAAGCCCACAAACAAACAGAAAGGUCUCACCUAACCCUGGGGGAAACUGAUAAGCCUCUCUGCUCCAGAGCCAGAGGGUGCCAGGGGCCGGGCGGCUAAGUCUGGGGGGCAGUGGCAGGGCGGCUGUGUGUCCCCCAGGGCUCCCCCCCGGCCAACCUGCGCUCGGCUCGCCCCUGGGCGCUGGCGACGAGCUGUUGCUUUCUUUCCCCCGCGACGGCCACAAAGGGAGCGGGGCCGGGGCCCGCCGCUCGUCAAUGUCAACGUCGGGCCACGUGACCGCACCUCCCCGCCGCCGCCGGGAGAGCUCUCCACGUCAGCCUACGUCUCCCCAUCCCUUACUUCACGGAUCCGCUUCAAAGGGGCAGCUGCGUUAGAGAAUCAUGUUAAGCUCAGCUAAUGCGGAGAAGCCGAGGUAGCCCUAAUGAUGGAUUUUGAUGAGCGUGUUCCUUGUUCCUCUAACAUGUAUUUGCCAAGUUGUACUUACUACGUCUCGGGUCCUGAUUUUUCCAGCCUCCCUUCUUUUUUGCCCCAAACCCCGUCUUCUCGCCCUAUGACAUACUCGUACUCCUCCAACCUACCCCAGGUCCAACCUGUGAGAGAAGUUACCUUCAGGGAAUAUGCCAUUGAUCCCUCCAGUAAAUGGCACCCCAGGAACAAUCUGCCCCACUGCUACUCCGCAGAGGAGAUCAUGCACAGAGACUGCCUGCCUGCCACCAACACUGCUAGCAUGGGCGAGAUGUUCGGCAAAAACACAGCUAACGUCUACCACCCCAGCACCAACGUCUCCUCCAAUUUCUAUAGCACGGUGGGCAGGAACGGGGUCCUGCCACAGGCUUUCGACCAAUUUUUCGAGACGGCUUAUGGCACGGCGGAAAACCUGGCCUCUGCGGACUACCCGGUAGACAAGAGUGGCGAGAAGGCGCCCGCGGCCGCCGGGGCGGCGGCGGCGGCGGCAACUUCAAGUUCGGAGGGCGGCUGCGGCAGGGCGGCGGCGACGGCGGCGGAGAAGGAGAGGAGGAGGCGGCCGGAGAGCAGCAGCAGCCCCGAGUCAUCUUCCGGCAACAAUGAGGAGAAAUCCGGCAGUUCCAGUGGACAACGUACGCGUAAAAAGAGAUGCCCAUACACCAAAUACCAGAUUAGAGAGUUAGAAAGGGAAUUCUUCUUCAGUGUCUACAUAAACAAAGAGAAACGCCUCCAGCUCUCCCGAAUGCUCAAUCUGACCGACCGUCAAGUCAAAAUAUGGUUUCAGAACAGAAGAAUGAAAGAAAAAAAAAUUAACAGGGACCGAUUACAAUAUUACUCAGCUAAUCCACUACUUUAAAACUCAUAGCGUUUUUCAAGACGAGAUUAAAUUCAGAUUUCGCCCUUGACAAGGUCAAGCCACGGGGUUACGUGGAGGAAGGAGGUGUGUAUCUGACGGGACUAGAAGAAUCUAAGGUUUUACACACAUGUAAACCUACUCUGGAACUGCGAUUAUGAUUUUUUUAUAUAUAUAUUUACAUAUCAACUGGAAUCGAUUUGAUUUUGACACACAUGGGAUCCAUUUCUAAACGUGCACAUCACCUCUGAGUGCAAAAUCCAUACCUCUUACCUUUCCAGGCACUGCGGCUCACCCUGCCACCGCUUUCGGCAGGCACGGGCGUGGAUGGUCCUUCUCCAUCCCCGGACUCGCCCACCCUCGGCCCUUUCUCGCCCCUGUGCUGCUGUGGAACAGCUGUCUGGAGAUUGCCAGGUCGGGCUCACCCAGCCAGGACCACUGCAGAUUAUAAACUCUGAGAAAUAAUCUUUUGUUCUUCCUUAGGAAAAUACCUGGGUUAGAGGCAGUGUUCCAUUGCUCGUGGGUUUGAAAUAAGAAUUGAAGGACGGACACACACACACACACACAUACAUGGAGAAUUAAAGAAAGGGGGAAUGUCAUGUCUACACCUUCGCAGGGCCAACCGCGAGUAGUUGUAAUAUGGAUGUAGUGAUGGUUAUAGUAGUGUUUCCUUUGGGGUGUGGGGAGGGAUGGGAGCGAGGGAAAAAAAGACCUAAAUGAAAGAGAAAAUUAUUUACUUUUAAAAAUCAGGUAUAAAUUCGCCAUAUAUCGUAAAGAAACAAUCACUAAAAAUAAAAUUAGAGGAAUUUAAUUAGCUCCUGUUUUAUUUAUGACAACAGACUAUGCGUUGCCAUCUUUUUGGAGACAAAUCAUACAAAUAUUAAAAGUAAAUCGGCAAAAAAGUGUGAAUUUCAGCAUUUUAAAAGAAACAACUCCAUAAAGGAAACUAACCUUCUGGCUUCUGGCUCACGAACUUUCUUCAGGAAAUACCUGUGGAGAACGACAGUUAAGCAAAUACCACACAACACUUAAUUGAAACUUGGAGUUGUGCAAUGUACUAACAUUGGAUGAUUAAAAUAACGCGAUUGCAUGUUCGUUUAAAGGUGACUAGUGAGGAGUUUAAACAGAAGCCAAACAAUGUAAAUAUGGUAAUUUUGUUGUUGUCUACUUUAAAUGUCAUGAGCUCUACUUUGUCGCCCAGUCGACGUAUGCAAAGAAUGGAGAGUUGUUUGGACUUAUUUUAAAUAUAUAUAUAUAUAUAUAUAUUUCCCUGCAGGAACCAAAGCGUGAAAAAAAAAAUGCAAUUUAAAAAAUGGAAAAAAAAAAAAAAAAGAGAAAAAAAGGAAAAUAUUUAAAAUUCUAUAUCAGUUUACAAAGGAUACGGUGUUCUAUCGUUGAGGUAAUUUGCUGUCGAGAAUAUCUGAAUGUAUAUUUCAUACGAGAACGGUGUUUUACAAGACUUGUAAAUAUUAAAAAAAAAGAGAACCCAUGACCUAUUUUGUUCGAAUGUCCCCCCUUUUUUUUACCCUGGUUGUUUUUUUUUUUUUUGUUGGUGGGUUUUUUCUUUUAUUGUUCCUUUGGGGCUAAAGGGUGUGGGAUUUCUUUACAUGUGCAACAAAGUGGUGAUAAGAAUGUUUUUGAUUAAUAAAUUUUACCAAAUGGAUGUAAUUUCUUUGUCACAAUUCACAACAUGCAAUAUCUUUAUAUGACGUCACUGUUUUCAAUAUGUAUCAUCUAUAUGUAUAUACAGUUUUCUUUUAAUAUGCGAAAGUAUUUGGUUGCAUGUAUACAGUGGAACGGCGCACAAGGAAAAUAAAAAAAAAAAAAAAAAAAAAAGAAAAAAAGGAAACUUUAUAUUUUUACUCUGGUGUUAUGUUACUGCAUGUUCUUUUAUCCGACGUAAUUCUGGGACCCGAAAUUCCUCAUGACCUUGUUCGUUCGUUUUGGGGCGAAUUGCUCUUCUUUUGUGAACUUUGUCGUUAAAUCUUCUACUCUGGAGUUAACAAGCGAACCUAGGCUUGUUCGAGCAUAGAUU